AGCCAAACCCAAUUUCUCAGCUCAAUUAAGAGCUCUGCUAGAACACCUUCAACCCUUAAUGAAAACACAGAUCGACUUCUAAUGACCAGCGCAUUCCAAACAAUAACAAGAACCCAAAGAAUUGUUCGAAGAGCCUCACUGGGAUUCCAUGGUGGAGUCGUCGGAAAAAUGUGGGCACUGGGUCUCUCCUUCCCGAGGCGAAGAGCGAAGCGGCGAGGAAGGGAUUCAACUCUGUCAAAUACUAGAACCCACGAACAUAGUGCAAGGAAGUUGAUGGAGGCAGCCGGCGAGGGAUUCGAUGGCAGUCGAAGGUCCUCACUAGGCCGCUGGCGGCGAGGACGAUGAUGGUGGCGAGGGAGCUCUGUUUCGAUGGAGAAGACGAAGAGACUGAGACUGCGCCUGCGAGAACGAGGUGGAG